AUGGGCUGCCUCACUCACCGCAGCAAAGAGGUCCGGCAAUAUACCGACCAGAAAUGGGACUACAUCAACCUCUCCGACUUCAAGGCCAAGGGCUGCGGCCCCAUCUUUGCCUACAUCACCCUCUGGAUAGGCCUCAUCAUCUCACUCGCCGUCUACGGAGUCGAUACCUUCACUGCCGUCCAGCUUCUCGUCUUCAACCGAUGGUCGUCCGAAAUCGAGCCCGCCAUUCCCAUUUCCAUCUCGAGAUGGAUCUUCUCAGGCUGCAUCAUCUUGUCCUUUAUCAAUCUCGGCUUCGAAUGGAUCCGCGCCGCUCGAAAGAUCAAGAGGGGCAACGUUGCUGAGGUCUAUCUGGACAGUCUUGCUGUGCGCUGGGAGUCUAUUCGCCUUGGAUCGGGGCAAGGAUUUAGACGGUUUCUUGUCUUUACGGAACUCACAAAGAGUAAAAAGGGUGCUGAGUAUAUCGCCCUAUUUACAUACUUUAGCUUUCAAUCCUGGAUCCGUGUCAUCUUUUGCACCAGCCCCCGUCAGGUUGUAAAUGCACUCACCUUACGAUCUGUCUACAUGGCAAAACUCGCUGUUUCUGAGAGUUCGGUCGAGGGCUCCAUUUCCUCCUUCUUUGACAAGAUCAAGACGCUCGCGCAACACGACUUCCGACAGGCUGCUAUUCUUGGAGGCAUGUGCUUCACUCUGGUCAUCUGGGUCUUUUCGGCUCUGUAUUUGAUUUCCGCUGCCCUCUUUUAUGUCUUUUUCCUCUUUCACUGGAUUCCUCGUGACGAUGGCGGCCUCACCGGCUACUGUGAGCGAAAGGUCAACAACUCCCUGCUCAAGAUUGUCACCAAGACUGUCAACAAGGCGCUUGCCAAGGGCCAGGUCGACAGGAUGAAGGCAGCCAUGAGCGAAAAGGGCGAAGCACAUCCGGAUGCCUCACUGCCGACUUUGCCAAACCUCGGCUUCGCGGCGCCGCAGCCACCUUUGCCGACUUAUACCUCGAGUCCGGGUACCCCUGUCAACGACUUCAAGCGGCCGAUGCCACAGCGAAGCAUGACAGGAGCCACCACGGCCUCGAGCUACUCAGCUCGAGCUCCGUUGAUCAGUUCGGCGGCUGAUAUGGGGUACUCAAAUCCAAGAUCGGCCUCGCCAGAAGACAUGCUCCCUGCCAUGCCAAAUCUUCAAAGAAGUGGAACGGGAGACUCAUUCAGAACCAGUGGUGGCGCUCGGCCGGACCUGAACCAUAUGAGGACUACGUCAAACUCCUCGUAUCGCCAGCAGCCGUUCACCGAGAGCCCCAUUAGCAUGGGUUCGGCGGCAGCAUCCCCGCUGUACGCGCCAACGGCAAGGCCUAUCCCGCCUCGAUUCGCCGACAGCUAUGGCGGGAACCAGCAAAUGCAGGACGACAGUCAAUCCUGGCGAGGCCCGCCGCCAAGGUCGUACACCUUUAACAACGAGGGUCGAUCCAGCCCAGCGCCAUCUGCCGCCGGGUCAACAUACUCUAGAGCACCGCAGGGGCCUAUGAGAAGCGCGACAAGCGCGUCAAACCAAGUACCUCUGCGCGGAAUGCGAUUCUCCCCUCAGCGACAAAUGACCGAGCCAAUGUCCAAUCCCAAUCGCUCUCCACCAGCAGACAAUUCCUACGCCGGACAACGCUUGCCGCCCAACACCAGACCACCGGUGCGCCAAAAUACCCAGGACUACUAUAACCCCCAGGCUCAAUCAGGAGCAUCCUAUAGCUAUGAUGUUGAAGCGCAGAGCAGUGGUAGAUAUUAG